CCUCGCGUCUUCCGUCAUCAACUAGUACAGUAUCUCACUUCCAUUGCUUUCCCUCCGUGUCGUCGCACAACAAAACAUUCUCAAGUUCAUCAUAUUGCCAGUCCCAAACACUACAAUGGGCAGAAAACGCGCCGAGUCUCCGUCCAAUCUCAAAUUCCAGCAACCCGACCGCAGUGGACCCAAGGAAAAGACCCUGCUGGAGCUGGCCGAGGAAAGGGGGCUCUUUGACCAGGCGCGCAAGAAGCAGGAGGAAAACGACAAGGCAAAGAAUCCCCCCAAGAUCAAAAAGAUCCCCAUAAAGAAGCCGGAAAAGACGAAAAGCAAGAAAGACGACGACGAUGACGACGAACCACUGUCUCCCGGAGCCGAGCGCUUCCUCGACACCACCCUCUACACCGUGAGCUUGGCCAUGCUGCACUUCACCUUGGACGUCUUUGUCCAGAACCAAUAUUCCGCCGAUCGCAUCGUCUGGCCCAAGGUCUGGACGAGGGCAAUCCAAGCCUUGUUGGUCUUCGGCUUCCUCGUCUACACUCUCCACGCCCACUCCUCGAACCCGACCAUCCUUCCUGGCCUACCUGCCCGCUACCAAAACCACCUCCGACAGGUCAUCUUCUUUGUCAUGAGCGUGUGCUCGGGAUGCUACCUGAUCCACAUCACAAACACGUACGGAUACCUGGCCGUCAUGAAGCAAGCGCCACCCGUGGGUUGCUUGUGGGUGUGGUCCGUCAUUGAACUCCAGCUUCCUUGGGCUGUCCUCAGCCUGGCGGUUGCAGGCACAUACCUUAAAGUCAAAGGUUAUGACAUCAAGUGAGGUGGCCUGGUGGUCAGCACGGAAGAACCGGGCGUGAUUCGAGGGGGGAGGGUGUUCUCGAGGCCAAGCAAACGGGUUCGGCAGAGGGAGAUGCGAGGACUGGUGGCGCCAGUGUCGCGUUACGCAAACGGUUCAUACGUGUGAACCAGUCAGCAUUCUAUACCACGAGGCAGACG